GAGCGGAUCAGCUGCUGGAGCUCAUAGAGAGACAACAUGAGGAGCCUAUUGGUCGUCCUGCUGGUGGGCGUGGCCAGCGCCAGGCAGUACCAACGCUGCGAGUGGGCCCGGGCCCUGAAGAGUUAUGGGAUGGACGGUUACCACGGAUACAGCCUGGCCAACUGGGUUUGCCUGACCCGGUGGGAAUCGAGCUACAACACUCAGGCCACCAACCACAACACGGACGGAUCCACCGACUACGGAAUCUUCCAGAUCAACAGCCGCUGGUGGUGCAGCGACGGCCGGACGAAGAGCGCCAACGCUUGUAACAUCCCAUGCAGCGAGCUCCUGAGCGAUGACGUCUCCACCGCCGUCUCCUGCGCCAAGCGGGUCGUCCGGGACCCCAACGGCAUGGCGGCCUGGGUGGCGUGGCGGCUCCACUGCAGGGGCCAGGACCUGGAGCCCUACGUGGCGGGAUGCGGGCUUUAGUCGCCAUGGCAACGAGGUCGUCGUGUCAAUCACUCGGUGAAGUUUGGUGGGGGAGAAGGUUAAACAAUUAAAGGUUAAAAAAAUAUGAAACAUUGAACAUUAAAGGUGGUUGUGGAAAA